AUGUUUGAAAAUUAUCUAGUCUUCAUCACAAGCCUUGUCGGCGUCGCCCAUGCUCUUCCCCAAGCUUCCAACGACUCGGUCGGCAGGCUCAUCGGAACCGAGGACAUCGUCGACCACGGCCAGCACGGCGUGGCCAUUGACGGCGCCCUCGACCGAGCCUCCAAGUACUACGCCUACGCCAGCACGGCCACCAGCGCCCCGGAACCCACCCCCGGCCCGAGCAUGGACAAGGUGGCCGCGGCGCUGACCAUCCGCAUCACCAACGCGUGGCACUCGCCCAUCAGCACCCGCCACGCCCGCAACGACAACGCCCCGCCGGCGGUCGGGGGCGACGUCGGACCGGGAACGGUGGGCGUCUUCAGCAUCGGCCAGUUCGCCGUGCCGACGCAGUGGGCCGGCAUGGUGGCGGUGGUCGAGGCGAGUGGUUCCAACGCCAUCGUGGGCGACGAGUCGUUGAUCGAGGCUUCGUUCGUGGAUCAGUUUGGCAGCGGCGCCCUCGUCGAUGUGGACGUCUCGUACGUCGACGGCUUCUCGCUGCCCGUCACCUGCUCGUGCGGAGGAAAGGUCGUCACCGGCUGCAACAGGCAGCUGCGGGACCUCAACACCUGCCCGGACGACAACGGCCGCGGAUCCUGUCGGAACCCAAACAGGAACGGCGGGACCAGGCCGUCAAAGUUCUUUGCUCCGUGUCGGGGCGCGGCUUAUACAUUUCCUAGUGACCACGGUGCAAACUCGAAUGGUGAGUGCACCGGCGGUGUCAUCGACUGCUGCGUGGGUGAGAUGUGCCCAGGGAAUCCGUCACAGCCGAGUUGA